AUGGUGGACACAGAGACUGCUCUUAAAAGUAACAACACCACCAACGCAGACUGCACAAGGGAAAAAGAAACAAUAAUAAAGCUAGUGAAAAUGAUAUGGGCUUCGAAAAAACCAUUAUCUCGCGACUUGGAAGCUACCACGUUAUUUUUAAGACUGAGGCAAGAAUUGUUUAAAACACAACGUUGCCUUCGUCCAAAUAGUGCUAAUGCCGCUAUGAUGGAAGUAAUAAAAGAGCAACAUGCAGAAUCCAGAAAUGAACGGAAAGAAGAAUUCAGUGUUCUUUCAAAUUUAAUGGAAAUGCAAAAUCAACAAAGAGAAAAAUUACAAAAUUUGUUUGAAAAACUGGUCGAUAAAGAAAUUGGAAGAAAAAAAAAAGGUCUGAUCAAGAAUCAGAGUCAGACUAGAAAUUCUAGAAAUAUGUACCCAGCUACCCUAAUGUAUCCAUUAUUUUCUUGGUAA